AGAUCCGCUAGCCUCUGCCUCCCGAGUGCUGGGAUUAAAAGUGUUUGUCACCACCGCCUCGCUCUCAUUCACUUCUUUAUAGUCAGUUCUUGCAUUAGAGUUGUGUUCUGAAAAUUUUGAGGGCAGAGUAUCAUAAUGUUAAAAUAUUUUGAAAUCAUAAUCUAAGUUUGCAACAUGUCUAAUCCAAGUGCCUUCAGGCAUCCUCAUGUCUAGGUAUAGAUGGGGUUUUAAUGAUCAAAGGUCACUGACUACAGCUUUUUCUUUUUUCUGCCAUCUUGAACAUAUCCUCCAGUCAGUAGGGUAGUGUAAAGAACCCUCUGUGUAACUCUUCCUCAGCAUCAAUAAUUAUCAACAUUGUGUCCAUCUGUUUCUUCACCUGCCUCCUCUAUUUCUAGAUUAUUUUAAAGAGUUUAUCUGAAAAUUUCAGUAUGCAUUUCUAAAUGUUGGUUACAUGUAAAAUAAGUCCUACUGUUCAUAUCAUACCAUUUUGUAUACAACAGAAUCAAAGAUUUCCUGUUUUUAUUGAAAUCAAGGUUCUGUCCAUGUACACAGAUUUCAUUUGGCUAAUAUUCAAUGCCCAUUUUCAGAACAGUUUUUAUUUUUAAUUAUGCAGUUGUUGAAACUUCAUUUUUUUCCCUUAUAGAGCAGUGUUUUAUAUCAUGACCUCUUCGUCAAACCAGAAAAAGCUGCACCACUCCAAACUCCACCCUACUAUUUCCUGUGCCUCUCUCUCUCCUGGAUGCCCUCUGAAGCUCUAUGAUUACUCUCUGCCAACUAGUUGCUAGCUCAGCCUCCUGACUCGAGGUUAAUUUUAUUCAAUUAAUGCAAAUGCAAACUCAGGGAUUACCAUGUGAUCUAACACUUCCCAUGUUCUUGGGAAUGAGUCCCUGAGGGUGACUUCUGCUUGCUUUGCGUUCCACUCUUUUCUGUAGGUGUUGGUUAGAAUACAAAGCUGUAUUAGAGGCAAGUCUUGUUUUAUGCAUGAGCAUUUCAUCUGUACUCUGCCUCAUUCCAUCAGGUGAUUUCAUCCCACAUGCUGUUUUCAGUUUCAAAUGGCUACAAUGAUUAAUGGGGUUAUUAACCUUGUUCCUAGCAACCUAGCAGUCAAGUUUGAUUUUUGUGUUGGUUCUUUAUUUCAGUAGAACUUGGAGAAAUGAUGGAUUUUUCUAAGGCCUUUUUCAUUUAUUAGUUGCAAUUGCUAUAUGAAUGAAAGCUGUAAACCAUUUGAAUAUAUUGACAUGCAGUUUGUACUGGAAUAAUGUAAUAAAUGCUUGAUUCAUUUCUUCUUUAUUCGUUUUCAGGCCGAGCUGAUGUCCCAUCCACUCCAAGUAAUGAUUAAUGAAUUUUCUCUUUUCUUUUUUCUUUCUUUUUUAAAAAUAAACUCCAAGGUUCAAUCCACUCUAGAUACUCCCCCCACUCCCAGAUAGUCAGCAUUCUUCACCUCAAACUGGUGGAAGACCCCCAAAGCUUAUCCUGCCUCCUGGUGUGAUCUCAGUAUUUGGUAUUUUACAUGUGUCUUCCAUAAGAUACACAAUCCUUGUCUUCUAUGCUUUCUGGCCCAACCUGCAGUGGCUAUUUCCCCUCUCUAGCUAGAAAAUCAUCUAAUAUCUCCUACCUUCAUCAUAAUGGGGGGUGGUUGUGUUUUUAUGACACAACAAUUCUGCAAUUAGAUGUUCUGAAGAUAUAUAAUAGGAAACUCUCCUCCAUCAUGGUUACCUUUUCAAAAAUCAUGACUGAGAGAUUGUUGUUAAGAGCACUGAAGGGUGGUAGCAACACUAAGAUCAUUACUUUAAAUGGGAAGAAGAUAAGAAAGAUGCCCUCAGCACUAGAAAAGCUGCCUGGUUUGAGGACUCUAGACCUGCAAAAUAAUCUUAUCUCCAAAGUGUGCCCAGAGCUCAGCACCUUGACUCAGUUGACAUUACUAAAUCUGGGAAACAACCUUUUAGAAGAAGUUCCUGAAGAAAUUAAAUACCUUACCUCCCUGAAGAGGCUUCAUCUAUUUGGAAACAGAAUUUGUAGAAUUGCUACUGGAGUCUGUGAUGGCUUGCAAGAGUUGAUUAUGCUUAAUCUGAACAACAAUCAACUUACGAGUCUUCCUCAAGAAGUUGGCAGGCUAAGGAAUCUUACCUACCUAAGCAUCAAUCAUAACCAGCUCACCAUGAUCCCUACAGAGGUUUGUUCUCUUGAGAAUCUUUAUGAAUUGCAUCUUAACUACAAUCAGCUCAUGUACAUCCCUGAAGAAAUAAAGCUCUUGCAGAAUCUUCGGCAUCUUUUUCUGGUCAGAAACAACAUUGAAGUUUUGCCAGAGGGACUUUGUCAUCUUAAAAAACUAAAACUCCUGGACAUAGCUGGAAAUGUCAUUCAGAUAUUUCCAGCAGGUUUUCAGGAGCUAAAGCUGAGGGAGUUCUACUGUGAGGGAAAUCCACUCUUCGUGAAGCAGCCAAUUACUGCUAAACUACCUAAAGUCAUCUGGACUCUACAGGAAAUAACAGCAAGAUUUGUCCUCCAUCAGUUACAAGAAAACAAUCAGUUGAUUAUGUAUUCACUAGAGUAUUAUCCAGAGAUCAAACACAAAAUCUCCAAGGCAAAAAAAUGUGUGUUGUGUGGAAAACCCUUUUUAUCCGAAUGGCUGGAAUGUGUCCAGUUUGUUCCCCCAUCAAAGAACUGGAAGAUAAGCAAAAACCUACAGCUGAUACCUCUCCGAAUACUACUUUGUUCCUACCGAUGCUUUAGAUGGCGUGGUCCUGAUGUCUUUGGAAUUGUUCAAGAGUAGAGCAGGAAGAAGAACUUUCCUGUUGGUCCAUGUCUGAAGUGGAAGACAAUCAGAGCAUCUUUUGAUAUCUAUAGGUGUUCACUGGACAUUCAGGGAAGAGAUGGUUCAUAUGGGUGGUAUACAAUAAUGAACAUUAAACUACCUUUAGUCACUGGAACUUUCAAAUAAAUGUUAUUAGUCUUAUUGAACUUUAUGGGCCAGCCAAGUCACUUGGAGAAUUUCAUGUGUGUGAAAAAAUUCUUCAUAAAGCUUUCUUUGUUUGCUACUGCUGAUUAUACAUAAGGCUGAUAGCAUGCUGUGGAGUGAGGUUUUGGAAGGCCCUAAAUAAUGUGUCUGCACACAGGAGAGGGAAAAAAGGAAGUAGAGCUCUAGACUUAAACUUAGAAAAGAGUUAUUAUCUUAGGGACUGUCUGAUGAGCCAUCUAAGAAUUAAUCUCACAUAUAACUCUGCCCCCUUCAGAGCAGAAAUGUUUUAGCACAAUUGCUAGCUCUGAUGCAAUAUAGGUAUUUCUGUGUAGAUUCAUUUUUAUUUAUAAAAGACCUGUUCAGGUCAAUGAUUUGUGUCUACGAUUUAACAGAAACAAAAAAUUGAAAAUCAUAAAAUAGUUACUGUGUUGAUGACUUCAGUGAAGCUUUCAAUAAUUUUUUUAUCUUUUUAUAUGCAGCCUAGGUUUGAAUUUAUAGCCUAGAUUUAUUUUUUAUAUUUCAUGUUUAUCUUAGUUAAGAAAGUAAUAUGCAAUGCAUGUACACAUAGUUCCUGACUUUCAUUGUGAUAUAUGCUGAGUAGAGUAUGUACAACCAAGGGAGAGAUCUCCACUCAGGAAGGAAAGCCAGCCUAAAUGUCCUCUUGUGUUGAUUUGCAUUUGUCUUCUAAGGCUAUUUUUAUAUCAAAUAAUAAGUUAAAAAUGCUAUAAUUUGCAGCAUCCUCUCUGAAUGAGAUUCCCUCUUCUUCCUCCUUUUCCCUCCUCUUGUUUCACUAGGAAUUGAACCAGGGGCCUCAUGCACGCUAGGGAAGAACUAUCCCUCUGAGCUUCAUCUCAGUCCUAAUGGGAUACUUUCUCUAGAGACUUUUAACCUGACCCCGAAUUAGACAUGUAUUGAAGUGUUACAAAUUUAAUGUGAUACUAGAAAAGUGCAGAAAAAUUCCAUGCAUUUCAUGCAUUGUACAUCUCUUUAUAUAUUUAGGAUUCAUGAAAUUUAAAAAAGUAUUGCCAAGUAGAUACAAAGCAAGGGAUAUUGCAUUUUUGAAGCUGAUAAAGUAGCUCUUCCACUUGAUAUAAGUAAUGGAAGAAAGUGUCGCAGGGGUCCUUUAGAGAAUCCACAGAUCUAAAUUCUUCCUGUUCUAAUAGCUUCCAGAAUCUGAUGUCUAGUCUCUGGGCAAAUGGACAUUAAAAAGUACUGCAACAAACCACAUAAAUGCUUUUCUUUCUGUUGGCUCCACAGUUUUACUUAAAAUAUUGGCUAUUUUGGGUUAAUUCCAAUGGUUCAGAUCAUACUGCAGACUGCUUCUUCUGGAGGCUGUGGGAAACAACAAUACAAUAAAAUCUUAGACAGUCUAUUCUGUUAGAAAGUGUAACACUCAUUCUUAAAAGGACAACACUCGAAAUGUUAUGUCAGCAAAAGAUAGUAUUACACCCCCCCCCACACACACACGAGUGCCACUUCAAAGAAUAGUUUUAAUGAUACUAAGUUCUUCAAUAAAUUUUACUUACAAUGACAUAAGUAUGUUAAUUAAAAACUUAGAGAAACAAUCAGUGAAAAGUGAAUGAUCAGAGACAGGAAGAAAAAUAAACUCCAGCCACAAAUAUUUGCUCAUUGUGGUACUUAUUUCCUUAGCCCAGGAGAUGA